AUGGGCGUCGAGAUUCCGGAACGGAGGCGCGAGGUCAGCGUUCUCGUGCACCUGGGAGUGGCCCCGUCGAGGUGUGAGCGGGGAAAGCUGGGGGAGGCGCGCUGCUCGAUGAGUGGCCGGGAUCCUUGUCAGGACAGAGAGGCUAACCAAAGGCAGACCAGGCCGCUCGAUACGUUGACGCCGUGGCGAUGGGAAGAACAAGGCUUGACAUCGAGCACCCCGACACCGGUGGGCCUGAACUCCUGCAACCGAGCGCUCGAGAACGGACGCAAGGGGCGAAAGAAGGCCACGGGAGGUGAGGGGGGUGGAGACAGAGAAUCGUCGAAGACGACAACACAAUCGAUGGGGAUGGUGUUGCGUGGUGUUCAAUGGGACACUCUCUCGAGGCAUCCCUGCACUGCACAUCUCAAGUGGGGUGUGAAGCAUUGCAGCUUUUGCUCUGGGUCGCUCCAUGCCAAGCAAGUGUUAGCGCAGUACCUGCACUGUCCGGGCCUCGACCACGACACCCCAAGGAACGCUCCGGAAACGUCAACCGGUGACGAUGAUGAUGAACAAGCAUCAAGCGCCAUGCGUCAUCAGGAUAGAUACGAAGAUGGCGAGGUCUUGCGCGUCAUGAGGGGGCAAACAAGCCUCUGUUUUGCGUCUCUUGAGAAAUAG